CAUAACGGGCCAGACAAGCUCGUCUUGUUCCUCUGCAGGCAUAGUCGAUGAGAGAUUCGAUAUGGAUAUUUUAGGCCUCAUCGACAUACCGAUAUGGGCUGUUAUUCUGACGAUGAUGUGCUCCUUAUACUAUUUUUACUCCACCGCAAACUUUGGAGUGUUUGAGAAAAUUGGUGUUAAGGGACCCAAACCAUGGCCGGUGGUAGGAAACCUGCACGAGUACAUGAAAAUGGGAUUCGUCAAGACUGAAAUGGGGUUCUUCAAAAAGUACGGACGAAUAUUCGGGAUUCACGAGGGCCGUUUUCCAGUCCUAGUGAUUGCUGAUCUGGACAUGUUGAAGAAAGUAACCGUCAAGGAAUUUAACAACUUUACUAACAGACGGACGCUCGGGGUCGGUGAUCGUGACAACCCUCCAAAUUCCCAGUUCCUCAUCAACUUAUCGGACGAUGCCUGGAGACAUAACAGAAACACGCUUACCCCGACAUUCAGUGGAGGGAAAUUAAAACAGAUGAGUGGCCUCAUUUGUAAAGCUGUAGAUUCUCUUGUUAAAGUGCUGGAGACAAAAGCAGCAAAUAAAGAGCCAGUGGACAUAAGGCAAUACACAGGUGCUUAUACCAUGAGUGUCAUUGCAUCUACCGGGUUUGGCAUUGACCUGGAUGCGCAAGGAGCUCUCCACGACUCGCCCUUUGUAACAAAUGCCAACAAAUUCUUCGAAAUUUCGAUUUUCAAGCCGAUUUUCCUGAUCUUGCUUUUAUUACCAUGUGUGACGCCUCUGUUAGAAAUUCUGAAGAUUAGCUUGUUACCGAGUGAUGCGGUAGACUAUUUCAGGAAAGUGUUGUCCCAAGCCCUAGAAGAAAGACGAAAAAAUCCUGGGAAGUUCAAUGACUUCCUGGAGCUGAUGAUUACCGCGGAGAAACAAGCACAGUCAUGCGUAGUCGACGACGAUGACGCUGGAGAUACGAAAGACGACACCGUCAACCUUAAUGGGCCUUGGGUGGACAAGCGAAAGGGGAAGGGUUUGACUAAUUCGGAAAUAUUGGCCGCGGCGAUCACGUUCUUUUCGGCCGGAUAUGAAACGACGGCUACGACAUUAGCACACGCCUUGUACUUCCUGGCCUUAAAUCCGGACUGUCAAGACAGGCUGGUGUCUGCUAUUGAUGAACAUUUUCCUGAUGGUAAAUCCCCGUCAUACGAGACCGUGAACAAUUUGCCUUACCUAGAGAUGGUCAUUACGGAGACCUUGAGAAUGAUACCACCUGCUGGCAGAAUGGACAGAGUAUGUAAACGUGACACCCAGAUCAAUGGCCAGUUCAUUCCCGCUGGAAUUACAGUGGGGAUCCCCGUCUACCUUAUUCAUCAUGACCCAGACAUCUGGCCCGACCCGGAGACUUUUGACCCGCAAAGGUUCAGCCCAGAAAACAAGAUGGCCCACCAUCCUCUCCAGUGGAUUCCCUUUGGGUACGGCCCCCGGAACUGUAUCGGUAUGAGACUGGCUAACUUUGUAAUCAAAAUGGCACUCGUCCGACUGUUACAAACUUACAAGUUUGUUCCAAACAGCAAGACGGUUCCUCUGGAUUUAGGUACCACAGCAUUUUUGGCGGACAAGAAGAAUGGCGUCUGGGUAACGGUCGAAAAACGACAGUAACUGAACCAGCGCCCACGUGCAUCUGGCUGUCCUUCGAUUUCAUGUGUGCAUCAUAUAUAAAUACUGUUUGAACAUUUUUUAAAAUUUGUUCAGCUGUCCAGAAAUAUGAAUGUUUAAUGUAGCUAGGUUUUAGCUUUUGUACAUACAAAGCUACGUUUGAAAACAUGAAAAGAUAGGUCUCCUUGUUCAAAUACGAAGUACGUUACAUGUAGUAGGCCAAAUUAUAACACACAAUCGUCGUUUUAAAGCAAUAAGUUGUCUUAAUGAUCUGUAUAUGCUAAUCACGUGCACAUAUUUUUGGUUUCCUUUUUCAGAAUUCCUAUGUAAUAUUUUUCAAUAAAUAUAUACCGUCA